AUGGCUGUGCUCCGCAGCCUGGCGGCGGUCGGUUCGGUGCCGGGGCUCUGGUGGGGGGCGGCGCGCGCGGCGGCGGGGCUCCGGGGCCGCUGCCCCAGAAGAGGUUACGCCGCCGACUCCGCACAGAGCGCGCCCACUUUUGGGUUCCUGUUGGACAUCGAUGGAGUGCUGGUGCGGGGUCACAGAGUGAUCCCUGCUGCUCUGGAAGCAUUCCGUAGGCUGGUGAACUCUCAUGGGCAGCUGCGGGUGCCCGUGGUCUUUGUCACGAAUGCUGGGAACAUCUUACAACAGAGCAAAGCCCAGGAGCUGUCAGCCCUGCUGGGGUUCAAGGUGGAGCCAGACCAAGUCAUUCUCUCUCACAGCCCCAUGAAGCUCUUCUCCCAAUAUCACAACAAGCGGAUGCUGGUGUCUGGGCAGGGGCCCCUGGUGGAAAAUGCCCGAGUACUGGGCUUUGAGAAUGUGGUUACUGUGGAUGAGCUGCGAAUGGCCUUUCCUGUGCUUGACAUGGUGGAUCUCCAGCGGCGGCCAAAGACCACGCCCCUUCUAAGGAACGACUUCCCUGCCAUUGAAGGGGUACUCCUCCUUGGGGAGCCAAUCCGCUGGGAGACCAGCCUGCAGCUGAUCAUGGAUGUCCUUCUCAGCAAUGGGAACCCUGGGACUGGUCUGGCAACAUUCCCCUAUCCCCAUCUUCCUGUCCUGGCCAGCAACAUGGAUCUCCUUUGGAUGGCUGAAGCCAGGAUGCCCAGGUUUGGCCAUGGCACCUUUUUGCUGUGCCUGGAAACCAUUUACCGAAAAAUGACGGGCAAAGAGCUGCGAUACGAAGGCCUGAUGGGCAAACCCAGCGUCCUCACUUACCAGUAUGCAGAGGACCUGAUCAGGCUGCAGGCGGAGAGGCGGGGCUGGGUGGCCCCCAUUCGGAAACUCUAUGCUAUUGGUGAUAAUCCUAUGUCUGAUGUCUACGGUGCCAACCUGUUCCACAAGUACCUGCAGAUGGUGAAGCAUGAUGGGGCAGAGAAGCAGGGGGCUGGUGGCUUGUGGAGGCAACGACCCUCAGCAACGCAGAGCUGCGCCUCUAUCCUGGUGUGCACUGGUGUGUACAAUCCCAAGGGUCCAGAGCCUACCCAGCCUGUCCAGGGUGCAGAGGAGGCUCCAUUCCACGGGCACCGGGACUUCAGCUUCAGCCCGGGGCUCAUGGAGGCAUCCCACAUCGUGAAUGAUGUGAACGAGGCGGUGCAGCUGGUUUUCCACAAGGAGGGUUGGAUUUUAUAG